GUUUUGCCGGUACUGGGUGUACGGGAUGCUCUAAGGGCCAAAACUACUCGUCCGACACCUCCUUCCCAUCGAAAAAAAACCUUCUUCCACGUCUUCGUCCAAGCUAGGGUUUCCUCUGCUGACCUCCGUCGUGCUUCCGGCCGCUACUUGCAUCUCUCCGCCCUCCAUUCAUUCGACUCCUCGAGCCUAUGAGGUUUCUGAAGUCAGUAGAUAGAUUCAACGAUCUUGUGGUGUCUGUUUAUAUAACUGCUGGUCAUACUAGAUUUAUGUUGCUUCAUGAUUCACGGAGUGAAGAUGGUAUAAAAAGCUUCUUUCAGGAAGUUCACGAACUUUACAUCAAGAUAUUCCUUAAUCCACUCUACUUGCCUGGUUCUCGCAUCACAUCCUCUCAUUUCAAUACCAAGGUCAGGGCUCUUGCAAGGAAAUACCUGUAGCAUGCACUCAGGUGGAAGAUCCUGAAAAUGAGCUAGUGCCAUGAUGCGCCAAAAUGGUGCUCAACGGAGAGCUUUCUUUGCUUAUUUCUGAGGCGUUUCCCCUGCCAACGUUUCAGCUUUUAUGUUUAUCUCCUUACCCCUGUCCUGUGCUGUUGUCUUGAGAUACUCGAGUGUCGUAAGCUGAGCCCUGUUAAAUUUACCUUGCACAUCGAUACUGCACCAUUAUAUCUGUAGCCAUGGCAGUGAAAGGAGAUGGUGCCGCAGUAUCAUCACGAGCUGUAUGAAGCAUGGAAGCAUAUGCAGCGGCAUUAAUAUUACAGGACACUGCAAUGCAACUGACCAGCUGGUAGUGGUACUGUAGCUCCACUAAAAGGACCCCUGCAGAAUCUCCGGAGAAAGGUCCUCGCACAUCAGAUGAAUUCUAUUCAUAAAUGAAUCUGCAGUUAUCACUUGGGAUUGUACUACCAAGGAAGAGCUGUCAUUUGGCUGGAACCUUUUUUUUUGUUUUUGUUUUGUGAAGACAAGACUUUGAUUGAUGAUUAUUUAACACAAACGGGUGUUAUGUGCCAUGAAAUUUACCACGUCA